AAUCAAGCUAUCGCCCUCAAACUAGCGUAUAUCGGCACUAUGAUGGAUUACGGUGGUUAUUUUGCCGCACAGUCGGCCGCAGCAAUCGAUCGAGGCGCUACGGAAGCGGCCGGUCAAGCGAUGAAUCCGUUCAACCUGAAUGCUGCGGCGAAUCUGAGUUUUGCAGCGAAUGGCGUAACUGCGGGGGCGUACGGUACGUCCGGAAUGCCACAACAACACCAACAUCAACAACAACAGCAGCAUCACAGCCAACUUUAUGGACCUUACGCAGCCUCUUAUGGACAGUUGGCUGCUGGAACGGCAAGUUCAGUUUCGUUGGAUAACUUGGAGGUGCAUUUAUGGGCAUGCCAUAUACGCUCAUUCCCGUACAGAUGUGCAAAAUGCGGUUACCCAGCGCUUAAUUCCAAAGCGCUUAUAACACACUUCUCGGAAUCUCACGAUAUGGACACUGAUACGAAUUCGCAAUGUGUGGAAUUCAAACGGCGUAUUGAUCACGAGAUACGUCUUCGGGAACUGAUUUCCCGGUCGUUGAUCUUCGCAGCUGUUGAGGACGGAACCGAUAGUGGCGAAUGUCAGGAGGACGGUUUAUUCUUAAGUGAGAACGAUUGCGCUAAUAAUAUUGAGCUGAUACGGACUGAUGAUAAUGUUAAUGAAGCAUUGGACGAUGAAACGAAACAACAAUAUAUCAUUCAUCAAAUCAGCCAACCGGAUCAAAUCGAUCAAGAUCAAGAGCCAGUGUGUGAUGUUCCUGAUCAGUUCAUUCAGGCAUGA